AUGGAGGCCUCAUCGCUACCUCAAUCCAGGGUGGGAGGCCCAGGCGAUGUUAUCACCAUUCAUAUACUAUGCCAGUCUCUACCACCCCCCAAACGUUUUACUUUGCAGAAUGUCUCAUUGUCGGCAACUGUUGCUCAGAUCAAAGAGCGGAUCGAGCAGACGUUCCCAGGGAAUCCUCGAGCAUCGACUCAGAGACUAAUAUACCGAGGCAAACCUCUCCGGGCCGAGGACGCAAUACUUGGUAACAUAUUAUCGCGAGAUGACUUUACAAGCAGUGACAGCAUCCACCUUGUCCUGCCACCUGAGCCAACCAAAACAGAGAAGCCUCCCGUGGCCUCAGAACCAUCGCAGACUUCUUUCAUGCCAGAAACACUUUCUCAAGCUCCCCCGCAAGCAUCCAGCAUUAAUGUCCAGUCCGGAGCACGUGCAUCGGCAACAACACCAGGCUCAUCGUUUGUGCCCGGCUUUUCCAGGCCUUCCAGUGGCACUAACACCCCCUCAUACACCGCCAUUAACCCUUUCAUGAGCAGCUCAACACCAAGUCCAUUUCGAACUAGCGUACAUUCAGCAAAUGCGGAAAAUGGAGAGUUGGCUCAGCCUAUCCGCACGUUACGCAGUCAAAUCGAACGGUUUGAAUUACAAGUGGACAUGCUGUUCGUACCGUCCAUGGAUGAUAUCAUUCGCACAAGGACCGAGCUACUUGAGAUUCAAGAUACGCGCCAUGCGAGACGACUGCCUGCUCCCGGCGUCGCCGAACUGGUUGGUCGCAUCUUGAACGUUCAACAACGUGCCCGGCUGCUGGAUUCUACGAUCCUGCAAAGAUCUUCCCAAGCGGGGACUCCAGUUGGGCCAGCAGUUCCAGGCUCAAGCAACAUCGGCACAGCGAACACUUCCCCUCUUUAUAUGUUGUCAUCACCAAGCGGAGAGCAAAGCAUUAUCCUCACCCCAAAUGCAGUAGCCCCACAAUUCCCCACAAUACACCCCACAAUCCCUUCACACGCAGUGCCCGGCGUUGAACCACUUGCAGAACUGCCAGGCCCCAACGCCGCAGAGGUACAGAAUGCUGUGCGUCAAGCGAUGCUCAAUAGACCAAACAGAGGCAACAACAUCGAGCACAACGGCUUAGCACGACACAUGCGCCGCAUCUGGCUUUUCACACGCCUAUGGUUCUUCUGUUACCUGACCAGUGCACCCGGAACUUGGAGACGAUAUAUCUCUGUCACCCUUGCUUUAGUGGUCACAUUCUUAUCAGAGACGGACAUCCCCCAACGGAUCUUCCGGUCUGUGAUUUCACCCGCUCAGCGUCAUCUCGAAGGUCUAGCGCAUGCCGGUGGACCCUUGGACCCAUCUGCGCACGCAGCGAACAAUGCACCUGGAGUCGGUAUUUGGGACCAGGUCCGUCGCCUGGAACGCUCUAUCGUCCUCCUUCUUGCAAGUUUGGUCCCUGGGCUUGGGGAGCGUCAGGUUCAGGCUCGUCACGCCGCUGAACGGGCACGAGAGGCUGCAGAGCAAGAGCGUAUCCGGCAGGAAGAAGAAGCAGCAGCAGCAGCACGAGAACCAUCUGAACAACCUGCGCAGAAUGAAGAAAUUGCGGCUCCCGCUGGUGUAGAAGCCGUGGCUGCAGGUGCUGAGAACCAGCCUGAAAAUGUGCCGGCAUGA